AUGACUGUUUUAAACUUCAUGUUCAAGUCCCUUGUGGGAUCAGGAGCCACUACACAACUUUUCCGUCAAAAUGUCGGGGCCGGUGCCAAACUAGCAUCUUCAAAUACUUCUAUAAGUUCAAUUUUCCAAUUUCAAAAUCGUUUUAAUCCAAUAAAAAUAAAUAAUAGAAUGGCAACAAUAAAUCAAAUAAGAAAAGGUGCUGUUAAACCUCCAAAGAAGAAAUUAAAUAAAGCUCCAAAUUUAGACCAAUGUCCAAUUAAAAAAGGUGUUGUUUUAAGAGUUAUGGUUUUAAAACCUAAAAAACCAAAUUCUGCUUUAAGAAAAGCAUGUAGAGUUAGAUUAUCAAAUGGUGAUGUUGUUUCAGCUUAUAUUCCAGGUGAAGGUCAUAAUGCUCAAGAACAUAGUGUUGUUUAUGUUAGAGGUGGAAGAUGUCAAGAUGUUCCUGGUAUUAAAUAUCAUUGUAUUCGUGGUGCUAUGGAUUUAAGUGGUGUUGCAAAUAGAACAACUUCAAGAUCAAGAUAUGGUGUUAAAAAAACCUGCAAAAGCAGAAUAAAUGUAAAUAAUAGAUUCGUAUAA